CCCCCCCCACACACACACACACACACACACACCGUCGUUAACACAGCGCACCGCUCCGUUUUCUCGUCUCCAAAUGUUCAAGACGGCCAAUUACCCGACGGUGGAUCCAGCGCCCACCAUCAUGCACGGCACUUGGCUUUCCACGGGGUGCCGAGAAACGCCAGUAGCGGUGGAGAAACCUAAGAAAAAGGCGUUCAGCCUGGUCAAAAUAAUGUCUCUCAGCAACAAGAAAGGGCACGGCCAGCAUCCGCACCACAACAACAACAUGCCCUUUACGAUCCACUGUCACAUCGGGAAAGAGAUAAAGCACAUUUGCAGCAAUUGCAGCCGCGGGAACGACACACAGGACGCUGAGGAAGUAGAGAGGCUGGCCGCCAUGCGUUCUGAGUCCUUGGUCUCCGGCACCCACACUCCACCCAUCCGUCGUCGGAGCAAGUUUGCCACUCUGGGGCGCCUCCUCAAGCCCUGGAAAUGGAGGAAGAAAAAGAGUGAGAAGUUCAAGCAGACCUCUGCUGCUUUGGAGAGGAAGAUGUCAAUGCGACAGAGCAGAGAUGAGCUGAUCAAGAGAGGAGUGCUGAAAGAGAUCUUUGAAAAAGCAACCGUUGAGUUCCGAUCCUCGAUGGACGGCGGGGGCUGCACUCAGGAGCAGUCUAUUAAGUCAUCUAUGGUCCUGCCCACCAAGAAAUCUGUCACCUACUCUAGUGACCUUCAGGAUACCCCCGCCAAGCCGCCGCUGUACCACAAACAGCCUCCUGCUCUCCCUCCAAAGCCUUUCUCUAGGAUCCCAAACCAUAGCACAGAUUCUUGCCAGCCAAUGAAGUUGCCCUGUAUGCCCGGGGGAAAGCACUCUCCACCUCUGCCUCCCAAGAAAGUGAUGAUAUGUGUGCCUCCAGGGGGUCUGGACUCAAACUCCCCGUCUCCGUCCCCCAAUCCCCUCUGCAGUCUCCCCCAAAAGUGUGCCCCUCCCCAGGGCAUGCCCGUCCACCACGGCACUCUGCUGCCCUCUCAGCUCGCCGCUCUAUCCAGUCUUCACCAGAGCCACGGUCACCCGCUCCAGCUUCAGUAUGGCAGCUUGCAUGCGCCCAGCCGCAUCAUCGAGGAGCUCAAUAAAACCCUGGCGCUCUCCAUGCAGAGGUUUGAAAGCUCCGCAUUGCACAGCGCCAGUCAGUGUGCUCCCCUGGACAGGAGAGAAGUGCCGUCUGUGAUCAUCGACUAUGAGGACGACAAGGAGAACAUGCCCAAUGAGUCCGAUUACGAAGAUCUCCCCAGCAUGUAUAAGGACGAGGACGACGAUGUGGAUGAUGACGAUGACGACGACGAUGAUGACAUAUUUACAAGUACCCUGGCUCAGAAGGUGCUGAGGAAAGACUCUCUGGCCAUCAAGCUGAGUAACCGUCCAUCCAAAAGAGAGCUGGAGGAGAAAAACAUCCUGCCCAUGCAGACAGAUGAGGAGAGACUGGAGUCUAGGCAGCAGAUAGGCACCAAACUCACAAGGCGCUUGAGUCAGAGACCCACUGCGGAGGAGCUGGAACAGAGGAACAUCCUCAAACCUCGCAAUGAGCAAGAGGAAAUGGAGGAGAAGAGGGAGAUCAAGCGAAGGCUAACACGAAAGCUGAGCCAGAGGCCCACUGUAGAGGAGCUGAGACAGGCCAAAAUCCUCAUCCGAUUCAGUGACUACGUGGAGGUGUCAGAUGCCCAGGACUACGACAGGCGGGCAGAUAAGCCCUGGACCCGGCUCACAGCAGCUGACAAGGCAGCUAUACGGAAGGAACUCAACGAUUUCAAGAGCAACGAGAUGGAAGUGCACGAGUCAAGUCGCCAUUUAACCAGGUUUCACAGACCAUAGUAGACCACCACUGUCUUGAGCAGUGCCGGACCGGCGCUCUCCUCCACUGAGAACCUUAAGUGCUGGACAGUAAAAUGGUGCCCGUUUCUACAAUAAGGCCAUGUCUUCUGAAAUGCCUUUUCAAGACCCACACAACUGAGUCGGUACUACGCUCCAAGAUGUAGACACCCACUACUCCAUCCACUGUAGUAGCACAUAAUGACUCCAGUUGAUUCACAUCGCCCCUCUAUGGAAUUUGCUCGACUGUCUCUUUAACAUCUCCGCUGAGCUCUCAGGCAGGCGCUCAGUUCUGUGGCGAUUGGACAGCGGGAGAGUUUUUGUUUGCAAUUGAACAACACUUUCGACAACUACCGAGGGCGACCGUACCUUGGUUCAUCAAUAACACCAGUGGACUUGUCUCAGUGGACAUGUUUUUAUCCCUCUUCUUUAUUCUGUUCUCACUCUGGACUCCUCUAGUUGCGGACAGCUCUGUGCGAGGACGCAGGGUUGUUAGUUCUGAGCUCUCGACAUCAGCAGGAGAUCCAUCUUUACUGCACCUGCUGGGACUUUGGAAACGGCUUAGAAAGACACAGACGGGGAGGGAGGGGUCCAGCAUUAGAAUUAUGUGCAAUAUUUCUUUUCUUCUGCUUUUCCAAGGCUAUAGCACCCCCUAGAGUCCCCUCUGUGUCAUUACUAUGUAGUCCUGACUUCUGUUCUUCCCUCAUAUGUGCAAUUCUCACUGUACCGACAAUGUUGACAUCUAAUUGCUAACUGUGAAUUUGAGAGUUUGGGAAAUGCCCGCGCUCUCUCCAAAUGUACAUUUUGUUUAUACUGAAGAAGGAAAGUUACAUUUAAAGACGACUCUUGCUUGACCAAGUUUCAUUCAUGUCACAAUCUUAUAAAUUUAAUGUAAAAAUUGCAGCUGGCAGAUAUACUCUGGUUCCAGUGUGUGCAACAGUUAUCUGUUUUCUAUUAUUUUUGUUAGAUUUUAAUUGUUUUUGAUAGAGGCACUUGGAUCAUAAAUGAUUAAUUCACAUGUUCCUACAUGUCCAAGCUCUUUGGAUUCGACACAGAACGCCAAGAGCCGGCCCACCACGUCGUUAUCCCUUACAUUUUUUUCUUUUUGCAGCAGUGUGUUUAAUGAUCUUUGCUCAUAAUGUGCAUUGUAUUAUACACUUUACUUUUCUACUCGUGACAUUAUAAGCUUUUGACCAAGCAAUAUCUGUUGUUUGUAGACAAAAGGUUAAACUACAGGUGUAAUCCCCACCAUUUUUUUACUGUGCUUAUACACUACGCCUCACUUCAGGGUUUUAUUUUUUCUUUUAUACUUUUACUUUGGAAAGGCUUUAUUCAGGAGGACUUUGUUCCUGAUUAUUUUAUUUUUUUUCCUCAACUGAGCCACCAAAAACAUCUGCCUCUUCAACAGCUCACAACACAUUCGGACAAGAUUUGAUUCAGUCUCAAAUCUACAAUUGAAGUGCAGGUAUUAGUGAAUUCAUUAGAGUAAGGAUUUUUAAAUUUUUAUUGCAGAAAUUCUUUGCACUGUUAAGAGUUUGGCUUUACAAUGGUCACUGUUUUAAGGUCAGGGCCCAAGUGUGUAAAAUAUUGUUGGAUAUCUGAUCUGUGACCAUUUUUGUCUCUUCACUUUAACGGUCUUGUUACCUGAUCACUGAUCCUACACCAGUAUUCCGAUGCUCAUAAGCUUUAUGUACACAGAAUAUUUUUAUUAUUUUUUACUGUAUUACUUUUAAAGUUGCAAUAUGAAAUUCUUGUCAGAUGAAGAGACGUAGUGGAGGUGACAGGCUGUUGGCCGCCUACUAUAAUGCAUCUGUCUGCAAAGGAAAAGUGUGUUCUCACCUUAUUUUGCAAGGCCUCCAUCGGUGAGGGAUAGAUGACCCAAUAAAACCUGGGAACUGGGAACAUAGAGAAUUGUUUUGCACUUUAUGGUUUUUUUGUUAAAUAUCAACAGGGGUUUGGUUAGAGUUUGGAGCAGUUUCUCCUCAGAAUCAGGACACCGGUCACAAUGCUCCUUUUUUAAAAUCCAAAUUUCAUUGGGUCAUCUAAUCUCCGAGGCUUUGAGAGAUGAGGUACUUUCUGUGUUAGAACCAGCUUCUGUAUGAUUCCAGCAUCAUGCCAUUAUUUGAAAUUUCCCAUCCAUAGGUUCAGUACAGUAGAGCAUAAGUAGGAAUGAAUCACUCAAAUUACGCUCCAGUUCUCAUUUCAGCUCUAAGAAACAAACCUGAGCCACCGGGCUGAGCAUGAGGUUUUCCAUUUUGCUGGAAUCAAGGAACAUGAAUUCAGCAAUAAUCUGUUUCCUUUCACAUGUCGGUGGAGCAACUGAACGAAUUUGAAAGUGUUCCUUUUUUUCAUUUUUGAAAUACAGAAUACCAUGUAAAGGAUACAUCAUGCCAAUUAAAAUCCAUUUCUGAAUG